AGGAAGUUGAGUUAUGGCCGUUAUGGAGAGAGUUUACUGCAGGACCUUUUAAUAAACUGGAUUUCUCUCGGACAUAAGUAAUGUGAAAUGGCAGCUGUUUUCCUGGUGACCCUGUAUGAGUACUCCCCACUAUUUUACAUUAGUGUGGUUUCUUUGUGUUUCGUUGUUACCGCCGCCAUGGUGCUCGGCUGGUUUGGCUUUGAUGUCCCAGUGAUUCUUCGCAGUUCUGAUGAGACAGAGUCCAUCCUACCAACCCCUGAGAAGCAAAUGGUUCAGGUGGCCAAUCCUUUCGCCCUGGAGAUGGGCUCCAGGGCAGCAUCUGUCACUGAUGGUGCUUCCUUGAGGCCUUGCUGUUUGGAGCCCUGCAUCAUGAGCUGUUUCUGGGGCUGUGAGGUCACUGCCUUGCAGGGAGCACUGUGGACUCACCAGCACGGGCCGAGGCUCAGCACACCCCAACAUUUCCAGGAGGCCCUGCACCUCCGCUACCACCACUGCGAGAGCUUCCAGAUCAGCAGUGAAGACAGUGAGGAACGCCACACACAGAUUCCCCCUGACCAGGGCAUCACAGACUUUGGACCGGUGCCGAGGGAACGCUACCCUCUGGUGGCUGUGCUGACGCUGGCAGAGGCUGGUGCCAGAGACACGUACAACAUUGUGGCCAGUGUGACAGUUAUUCAUAUUCCUGAUGACAAGUACAGCCUUUCUGCCCGGAUUCUCUUUCAGUACCUUCUCACCUCACAAGGGAACAUGUACGAGUUAAAGCCUCUCUUCAUGUCAGCUGACAGUGGGGAGGCGUCUGGUCCUCCCGACUCAGACCAGAGUACCACACCCAGCGAGCCCACCGAGGAGGCCCGCAGAGAGGAGCAGAGUCCAGUGCUGGAGGACGAGCAGGACGAGAGCUGGUCAGAGGGGUCUGGCAGAGACUGUGUGGUGUGUCAGAAUGCAGCAGUGAACAGGGUGCUGCUGCCCUGCAGACACGCCUGUGUGUGUGACAAUUGUGUGUCACACUUCCAACACUGUCCCAUCUGCAGGGCCUUUGUCGUGGAGUCCUUCGCCUUGACACAAGGACCAGCUGCAGAACAGUGACUCCGCACUGAAUUGGUGACAGCUAUUUAGUAGAUAAUGUGCAGAAAUGCAUUCGUCAUUGCUACAUCAGCCCUGCAACUCCCUGACUCCAAAUCUUGAUCUUGGAAUGAUUUUACAUCCAGACUCCAUGAAUAGAAAAGUUAAGCUGGACUGUAGAGAUGCAGGUGUAGUAUCUGUAGCAUCAGUGGGUUUCACCACAGCAGCUGCAAAUACUACAGCCUCCUCUAUUAGACUGUCCCCAGCACCACAAAGAUCAGAGCUCAGAGUUGUUUUCAUGUUUGUAAAGGAUGUAGAUGUACAGACUAUUUAUUCAGACUCAACCUUGUGAAUGUGUUUCUUUUAUGUUUAUGAUGGUUUGACCUCUUUCACAGAACCAGUAUUUAUUGACCACACUCAGUACAAAUCUUUACUAAUCUAACUACUCAUCCGACUCAGUGUAAAUGAAGUGACUGUAAACUAUAAGCUGUAAGGAAGAAUUAAAAAGCACUGACUAUUCAUUUGUCCAGCAUGUGUUCCUGGUUCAAUGAGUGAGGAAACACCAGCAGCUGUGAGCCUGGAGAAUGACUAAGAGACUGACAUCCAGCAGAGGGAGCCAGCAGGUGUGAAUACCAUCGCAGGGGAGAUCAGAUCCUUGUGGGCCCUCUGAGGUUCAUAAACAGGUUGUAGUUGUAAUUUUGAAGGCUUCAUUUUUGAAUUCCCUUUUCAGGAUA